GAAGUAGGCGUCAUCAUUUGUACUGUUUUAUAUCUUAUAUAUAUAAUAACCAGCCAUUGUCUUUAGAAGUAAUUACGGGUCCGAAAAAGGAGGCAAGUGGGAAAAUUUGUCACAAUGCAAAAGAAGCGGAAUUAUUUUUAUUUGAUUAGUGCUUUAUGGAUAUCAAGUGCUUUGUCGCAGGCAGUAAAUGACCCGAACAACCAAACAGAGCCCGUUGACUUUACAGUUGUGGACGACACAGCAUUGAACAGUGCGACAAAGUCUAAAGAUGGUCUCCCAAAAAAUGUUGAUUUAAAUUUAGAUGUUUUAGGACGUACAGUAUCUCUUCAUCUUAAAAGAAAUCCAAAGGCAACAAGUGCCAAAAAUGUUUAUGUGAUAAGAAAAUCAGAAUCUGGAAUACCAGUUGUUAUGCCGUAUGGCCUAGGGGAAAAUGAGGUGUUUGGAGAAUAUCAAGACCCUGCAAACUGCGCCAUUUUUACUUUGUCAUGUCCCAAAGACAAUGUAUCCAAUAACACGGGCAACUGUGAUACUACAAUGGAAGGGACGUUUUGCUCCGGAAAUCAAGAAUAUCGAAUGUCUCCAAUGCAAGACUCUGCAUUAGGAAGAAUGAAAAGACAGGCAGCGCCCGCAGAUAAGUUAUGGGAGAGGGCAAAAACCAUUGCUAAAAAGGCAAACUCACACAGUAAAGUAUAUGGCAUUUACAAAACUGAACAGUUGCCAGGGACACCUAGUGACUACAAAGAAGAAGCUCCUAUAGAACUUGGUCAGGUCGCUGCAUUUGGCAAAACAGCAAAAGUCAUCAGGGAAAGUGUGCUUCCAGGCGGGAAAAAGUAUAACCUAGAAAUUCUCGCGGUCAUCGAUUACGGAAUUUAUGAAAG